CAAGCUGCAGAGCUGCCUGGAGGAGCGUGCUGCUGCACAGAAACGAGAGGAGGAAGCUCUUCAGGCCAAGGAGGAGGCAUCCAGGCAGCUGGAGAAGACCUUGGUGACCCUGCAGGACACGCAGGCUCAGCUGGAGAAGCUGACAGUGGCCAACUCACUCCUGGGCAAAGACCUGAGCUCCAUGGGGAUAAAUCUGAGCAGUGUGGAGCAGGAGCGGGAUGCGCUGCAGCAGGAGAACGAGAAGCAGCGGGAGGAGAUGGCCCAGCUGGCACAGGAGAGGAACUCCCUGCAGCGGGAGUGCGAGGAGCUCUGCCAGGAGCUGCGGGAGGCCACUGAGUGCCGGGAGUUCCUGGAUCAGGAGAACCAAAUGUGCCGCAAGCAGCUGCUGGAGGUGGAGGCCAGACUGAACUCCACACUGGCCACUCUGCAGGAGCGCGUCCAGCAGCAUGAGGAGCUGAUGGAGUCCCACCAACACCUGCGGGAAGAGCAGGCUGCCCUCAGCAAGGAGCUGGACAGCACCAAGACCGAGCUCUUCAGCUUGCAGAUAAAUAGGUCCAAAAUUUCUUGCUGCUCCACGGGCAUUAUGAAGAACAAGAUGCGGUUGCAGGAGCUCACUGACUGCCUCAAGGCUGCUCUGGAAGAGCAGGAUGAUGAUGAUGAUGAUACCCCAUCGAGAAGCAAAGCCUGGACCCCACGCCUUGCCUGGACCCCGGCAUGCCGCACCCCAUGCCACACCGGCAGCUCCUUCGUGGGCAGCGUCAUGAAAGCUGUAUCAGGGGAAGAUGCCAAUGAAACCACCAGAAGUGGGAGUAGAGUUGCCAAGGACAAACUUGCAUCUGUGCCAAAGCCAAUAGAUCCCGAGGACACUCUGCUGGAGAGUGUGAAGGAGCUGGGAGUUGUGGUCUCCAACUUUGCUAUGCUGGGCUUCCGCAUCCAGGAACUGAAGACAGAGAUCUCUGACCUGCAGCUCCGCCUGAAGACAGUGACAGCUGAGAGCCAGGAGAAGGUGGAUGACCAAGCUGCCACCAUUGCUGAACUGCACAAGGCACUGAGGACCAAGCUUGAGAAUGAGAAGGAACUUCGGAACCUGUUGAAAAAGCAGGAAGAGCAGAUGUUGCAACUCAUUGACAAGAGUGGGGAAGUCACGAGGCUGAAGACAGAGGUCUCCGAGCUGAAGCGCUCACUCCAGCUUGCAGAGACAGAGGCCAAGGUGCUGUGGGAGGAGGUGAAGGGUAAGGAGCACCAGGAGAAGCCUGUCAAUAUCCAGGAGCGGGUCCUGCUCCGGCAGCAGGUGGAUAAACUGCGAAUGCUGUUUGUGAAACAAGAGGAUGAGAAAAGACGGCUCACUGACAAGUACCUGGAGCAGAUCCGAGGGCUGGAGAUGAAGUUACAUCAAACCCGGAAAGUGCUGAGGACCCAUGAGGAGAUGCAGGAGAACAUAAAAGAGCUCCUGUCUGCUGUCCCUGAGGUGGCUCUGAGUUGCCAGGAGCUCCAGAACCUGCUGCGCUAUGUGGGCCUGAAGCCAGCCAGCAAGGAAGCUGCUGAGCCGCUAUAGCCUGUAGCCUGAAACCUUUCCUGUUUUUAAUGUUGUAAUUAUUUUUUGAAUAAAGUUGUGUUGGCAUUUA